AUGGUAGAGGAGCUGGAGAAGGAGAAAAAACGAAAGGGCCUUCGAUUUGUUUCACGCAAAUCGUCGCGAAAAACAUUUGGGAAGUGGAAAAAAUUGAACAACAUGGAUAAUUCUGAUAAAAUCAAUGAGACGCAUCGAGAGGAGGUUAUUGCUAUUGAUGUGAAUCCUUCUUUGGAUGGGAUACCUCUUCCUGCUUUUUUCCGUUAUUCAAUCGACUACGUUGAAGCUCAUGGGAUAAUGCAAGAAGGCAUUUACCGUGUGUCUAGUCCUAAAUCACGCCUUGAUGAACUUGAGAAGAAAGCCAAUGAAGGUGUGCAAUUGGAUUUUUGCGACGGACAUGAGGCUGCUGGUUUAAUUAAGAGGUUUUUACGACAACUUCCUUCACCUUUGUUAUCGUGCGACUUCGAAAUGCUUGUUAGGAGUUGCUUUUGUGAUUGGAGAGGAGUUUGUCAAUGCGUAGUUCUUACUAAGGUAAUCAUUCUUAGUAGUGUGCCGUUUAUGUUUGGGUCCAAAAACAAAAUGGGAAUCCAUGCCCUUGGGCUACUUUUUCAAACAGUUAUGGACAUGAGCCGUCAGCUCGUAUGUUACUUGAUUUCGAACGGUAGCAGUUGGCUUUCUAAGGGACAACGAAAGGUUUGUUCAUACCUACAAAUCAACAAUUCUUACGUGAUUCUCUGCUUUUUAAUAGUUCGAAGAUACUUAAGACCGGAUAGGAAUGAUUUCAUGUUUCUUUCUCAGUUUUGGUUAAGGAGGUUGAACUUGAUCUUUCAAGACUUUGAGUUAGGAGAAAUUCGCCGAGUCCACAGCUUUCCUUUUUAA